UCUUACGGACAAUCCGCAAAAUACACCUCUUCUGCAACGCUGCCACCUCACUUUACCGGUCAUCACCGCCACUCCGUUUCACACACUUUCACCUCCACUGCGUGUCCGCCGCAUGCAAAUGGCGAGCCUCGGCGCCGUCAAUCCACCGCCGCCUCCGCCCUCCCAUGGCCCCGCCGCGAUCAGGGCGGAAGACCUGGCUCGCGUCGACAUCAGCCUGCUCUCGCAGUCGGAAUUGCAAGCCAUUUCCCUGUGCUCCGUCUCCGCGCGGCGGAGCGACGACGUCGUCUCCCCGCAGCUCAACCGAUCGGUGUUCAACGAGUCCGCCGGCAGCCUCCGCCAGACCUACUCCCGCCUCUGCCACCGCUCCCAUUCGCGGCUCCCUCUCCUCCACCAGCCCCACAGCUUCCCCCAACACUCCUCCGAUCCCGUGACUCACUCAAUUGUCAACUUCCUCAAACACUUCCUCAAAGGCGAUCACAAUCCCCCGCCCCCGCCGUUGCCGCAGGAUUCACCGAAAGCUGCGGCGGCGGAGUUAGGGUUUCUAGGGUUACAGGAGAAUGUGAAAUUGAAGCGAAAUAGGGCGAGGAGAGGCGAGAAUUUGGAGAAUCUGGAACUGCAGCGAGUGAAUGGGAAAGGUGAAAUUGUGGAUAUCGCGGAAUUGGGGGAAAAGGGGGAUGAGAUGUACGGCGAUGAAUUGAAGCGGAGGACGGCGGGUUUGGAGACUGAGGAGGCUAUUUUGGGGGUUUUGGGGGAGUUGGAGGGAGAGUGGUGUAGCAGGAGGAAGAAGAGGAAGUAUGUUGAUGCAGGCUUGUUCGGAGAUGCACUGCCGGCUGGCUGGAAGCUCUUGCUCAGCCUUAGGCGACGCGGUUACCGGGUUUCUGUGCAUUGCCGGAGAUACAUUAGCCCCACCGGCCAUCAAUUUUUGUCAUGCGCUGAGGCGGCAUCCUUUUUGAGAUCCUAUUUCAGCAAUAAAGAUGCAGAUCAGCAAAUGCAGAUUGCAUGUCCAGUUGGCAAGACAGAUGAGAUGCCGCGUCCCAUCGUAGCACCGGCAGGUGUAAACUCAUCCAGUGCACAUGAGAAUGAGGAUUGCUUGAUGGGCAUAGAGAAUCUCCCCGAAGUUCAAGUUCGGGACGUCUUUGAAUGUGUCAAAUGCAAACUCACAUUUGAUGAGAAGAAUGUUUAUCUUCAGCAUCUGUUUUCAUUCCACCGCAAGACUACUAAAAGGUACAAACUUGGGACUACUGUUGGCGAGGGUAUGAUUGUCAAAGAUGGAAAAUAUGAAUGCCAAUUCUGCCACAAGGUUUUUCAGGAACGGCGUAGUUAUAAUGGUCAUGUAGGUAGUCAUGUUAGGAACCCUGGGAAAAAAUCCGGUGAACUAGGUGCUCCGGUUGGUACCCCCAUAAAUGCUGAAUCUGCAUUGCUGGACGGAGCGCCCUUAAGGUCAUCAAAGAUGGAUGCUUUGAUUGAAAUUGCUCAUAAUUCUACUUUCGAAACUUCAAAUAAUGCAAAUGGUGAAGAAACCACUGAAAAUCACUCUGGUGUAGUUUUGAGAGUGGAAGAAACUCAGGCAGCAUCGGGUUGUCAUGAAGAAAAAUCAACUUCGGAUCCUGUUGAAAUUCAGGCAGAGGAUUGCAGUGCCGACAUAAAUGUACCCGAUGACUUGAAUCAAGGUAGCCAAGCUUCGACAAAGGACAAUGGCAUCCCGAAUGAUGAUAAGGCAUGGAAUGUGAACAUUAAGACGGAUCCCACUUGCAUAAGUGUCUCGGGGCCUGUGAGGUCAUGUGAGACUCAGCAGUACGAAAACAGUAGCUUGGAAGUCAAUCACGAAAACAGGUCCUUGAAGACUAGUGAAGAUCAUCUACAAGAUGCACCUGGGCUUACUGUUGAAGAGAUUUUUAAGGGUGGAGUUUCUUCGGCUCCCUUGACUCAGUCAUUUCAGUUCUUCCCACCCUUUGAUUCCGUGUCAAAUAAGGGUGAACAUGUAUUUUCUGCGGAUGAUCAAAAUCUUGAGAAUGUUACUGCAUUUGAAGAACUCAGUUUUGAUGAUAUGGAGCCAUUCAAGUACGGUUUCGGGAAUGGGCAAGAGUUGUCCUCUUUGCCAGGGGGCUCCAUCAAUUUGAAUAGUAACAGCGGGAUAGAAGAUGAAUUUGAUCCUUCAGUUAAAUUCGGUCAGGAGGAAAUCAUGCUGAAUACUCUACACGCAAAUCAGUUAACUGUCUGUGUUUGGUGCAGAGCAGAGUUCAGACUCGAGGGUAUUGAAUCGGAAACUCUAUCAGAUUCUAUAGGUUACAUGUGUCCAACGUGCAAGGCCAACAUAUCCGAGCACUUUGAUGGUGGUCUCUCGAUGGAUCCUCAUAACUUCUGACUUUUGGUUACAUUCAUUCCUUUUGAAGAGAGAGGCUCAAAGUUAUGUGACAAAAGAUGCUGUUGUCGAGGAGCUGAUGUUAUUCGAUUGUCGCAGUGUAUACGAACGAGACUACUUGUCCAUGCCACCGAAUGUAAAUUCGCAUUGCUAACUCUAACUACCUUACCUCCUGCAACCCAUGGAUGCCUAAGCUGUUCAGACACGAAGUAGAAACCCCCUAAUAGCUCGUGUAUAGUGUUCUAUCGCUCCCUCUCGAUACGUGUAUCUAUAUGGUCGUACUGGACGCGAUGGUCUGGAAACGGUAGCCCGGAGUUCUUGUAAGGUAUGAGGGAUAAUAUGCUAGUACUUGUACUGUGUCUCCCAUUGUAUAUCUGUGUGUAUAGGUGUGUCAAGGAGAAGCAGGUAGUUUCUUGAGUAAUAUUCUUUUGGCUGUUAAUUUGUACUACCACUGCUAACUAAAAUGAAAAUCUGAAUCUUGCAUU